AUGCGCAACGGGGGUGCAGGAGAGAGGGGGUGCAAUGGGGGUCUUAAUACCCAACAGGGUGCAGGAGAGAGAGGCAGUGGGGGUCUUAAUACCCAACAGGGGGCAGGAGAGAGAGAGGCAACAGGAGGCAGAAGAGAGGGGGGGGCAAUGGGGUCUAAUUACCCAACAGGGGCAGGAGAGAGGGGGUGCAAUGGGGGUCUUAAUACCCAACGGGGGCAGGAGAGAGAGGCAACAGGGGGGCAGGAGAGAGGGGCAAUGGGGAUCUUAAUACCCAACAGGGGGCAGAAGGGAGAGAGGCAAUGGGGGUAUUAAUACCCAACAGGGGGGCAGGAGAGAAAGAGGCAAUAGGAUUGUAAUACCCAACAGGGGGCAGGAGAGAGAGGCAAUGGGGGUCUUAAUACCCAACAGGGGGAAGGAGAGAGAGGGACAAUGGGGGUAUUAAUACCCAACAGGAGGCAGGGGAGUGGGGCAAUGGGUUUCUUUAUAACCAGCAGUAGCGAGGGGUAAUGGGAGUCUAUAAUACACUGUGUGCUGGUAAAUAGGGACCUUCUUACACCAUAACCUUAUAGCUGCAGUUAUAAUACACCGUUUGCAGGGAGACAGGGAAUCUCCUUACACCAUAACCUUAUUGCUGCAGUUAUAAUACAGUGUGCGAGGAGACAUGGGACCUUCUUACACCAUAACCUUAUAGCUACAGUUAUAAUACACUGUGUGCGGGGAGACAGAAGACCCCAUUACACCAGAAGUCCCUGCCUCUUGUCAGGAGGUUCUGAUUAUCUCAACAUGCAGACAGUGUCAGUUGACUCAGAGCACUUAGUGCCGACUGCUUACUUUGCCAAGGAUCUUCUGCCACCAAAUGUCUUUGUGAACUGUAAUCAGAAUAUUGUGUGUUUCUUUGGAUGUCCUACACCGUAAUCUGAUUGGAUGCAUAAUAUGGGUACUUUCUCCCAGCACUGUGUGUGUAUAUAUUUAUAUAUUUCUUUGUGCGUUUAAAGAAUUAAUGCAUUUAAAUGUAUCUUUAUAGCUCAUUGUGGAUGUCACAGCCUAGUGCACAUCGAGGGCAUGUUACCACGGAUAUUGAACUUGGCCAGUAUUUGGACCCGGUGCUAGUCACUGGCCCACGGAAUGUUCUGCUCUUUCUUCAGGAGAAGGUACGGGCGAGUUAACCUACUGUUUCAAUUAUGUGACUUUACUGUGCAGACACAUGAUAUUCUGCCAUGUUUAGACUAGCAGUGCUCAAAAUGCAAAUCCCUUCAAUAUAUUCUUCCGUUUCUUGUCAACUUUUUUUAUUUUAUUUUUAUUGAGAUGAUAGCAAAUAAUAUAUGACAAGAAAGACUAGGAUGUGACAAAACAAAUGGUGAAUAGAAAAGAACAUAAUAGUAAAGGCCUUGCUGGUAGAGGAGAACAUCUCAUUUUAAAUUGGGUAGAAUAAACAAAUGUGUGAGUAUGCAAGCAAAUAGUUAACAGAAGAACACCCCAAAAAGGACAACAGUACUAAAAGAAAGUGGCACUGCAUUGAACGCUAGCCUGAACCAUCCGAUUCCAAAUCUGCAGGAUGAGGACCAGCCUAUAACGUGCAGUCCCAUGUAGCUCAGAUUAACCUGCUGCAGCCCUUCUCCCAUCUUCUACUAGGUUUCCAAAGCAGUAGUUGCAAUUUUGGGGGGCAAUGGAAAAGGCAUUUACACAUUUCCAGGCCCAAGUCUAACUCCAAACUCCAACAGGCCCAGUCCAGUGUUUUUUCUGCUCCCAAUAUACAUGUAGUAGUAGAAUUUGUCCGCAUUAGCCUGGUAGGGAGAGUUUUCUGCUUGCCAUCAGACCUAGUGAUAGUCCCCACUGUAGAAUUACUCACAAUUGUAGUGAUUGAUUGCUACAAUACUUUUUUUGCCUACUCACUGGAGGAGACUGCGUUCUGUUUUGCGUGGCUGCCAAUCAAGACGGGAAACCAGUGAAAAUGAGGUCCAGUUUGGACAUCGUAGUCCGUGUGUGUCAUCUCCGGUUUCCCCUUUACCAUCUUGAAAUUGACAAGGCUAUAAGAUGCAGGUAUAUCAGUCGAAAGGGAGAUCAAUUUGCUAGCGCCGAACAGUUGGGUAAGUCGCCAAGAGAGCAGCUGUCGUUCCCACGCCAGCCCUUUCAUGAUCUGGGCAAUUAGUUUGAGCACCGCAUGAAAUGUGGUGUCAUCAGGUUCAGGGAAGAGCCCUCUCUCAGCUAGAUGCUUUAAUUGCUUAAGCCACACCGGGCACAGGAGCUCGCUCAACAUGCGUCUGCACCACUUGGAUGUCAGUUCCAUCCCCCAUAAAUUCUUACUUUAACCCCCUUCUUCAUUAAGCAGAGUUCCUUGACAAUGUUUGGCCAAUUAAUUUCUUCCUUUUUCUUUUUUUUUUCUUUCAGUUAGACAAUUUUUUAGAGGGUUUUAUUCACAAACAAGUCACUUCUGUCUGGUAGGGUUAGUCAACUCUGAAACCAUUCAUUUCUCCCAACCCCCACUACAUUCAAGAUCUAGCUUCCUCUUUUUGUGAUUUUGUCAGUUAGGUUAGUGACAGAUUUGUAAAGUGAAAUUCUAACAUACAUUAUUAUGAUUAUCUAGAAUCUCCAUUAAUUUCUGACCUUGCUGUAGGAGAAUAAUUUCAAGCAAGUGGUUGUAGAGAGUGGUCUAGUAAUAAUUGGUGAAUACUCGAGUCUCUAGUGAACUGUUUUGCCAGAGAUGCUAAAGCAGUAUUGUCACUCGUAGAAUGCCCCACCUCCCCCCAAGGUGACAUUCCUAUAAUGGGGUGUGGGGGGCGGCAUUUUUACCUGAAAGGUUCUAUGGAAACACAGAAGUUUUUUUUUUUUUCAUUCUAUAUUGCUUGUUUACUAUGUCAUGUGUGCAUGGUAUGACUCCAAUUCCUAUCAUCCAUCAAGUUAGCCCUGGUGCAAAAUAUUAAGUUGGAGCUAACAGAAAGUGACGCGUCCAGGUAGGGAGCACUUUGAUUUCUGGAUUUUGUUGGAAUUUCAGUAAAAAAUACUUUCUGGGUUGUUUAUAAAUAUUAUGCAUGGAAAAAUGUAAAACGGACUACAAAAAAUACAGUAAAAUCAUAGAAAUAACGAAAAUCUGCUGAACAUUAAUUUUUGGGUGUGUUUAAUAAUCCUUCAUUUAACCUCCUCCUAGUGGGCAAAUCUGGUUCCUUGUUGGAGCCUGGGGGUUGUGCCUGUACAUCUUUGUAGCGGAGGCCUGGUAUUCCCCAGGUUAACUCCAUUAAAGAUCCCAGUGAGGCUCAGGAACAAGUAGUAAAAAUACCAUAAAGUAAUAAUUCCAGCAAGCAAGGUAAUCCACGAAUAUCCCCAUACAGAUCCCAAUGACUGGACGACACACAGCAUCAGGAGCAGAACAGAACUUUUAAUCACACAACCUCCUUUUAAGCAUUCUCGCAUGCAAGGGAGGGAUUCAUCAUAAUUAGGACAGUAACCAAUAAUGUCACAGUUACCUCCCACACAUCUCCUCCCCUCAGUGUGACACAUAAUCCCAUUAUAUCUGCUGCAAUUUUCGCCGAGUUCUGGAUGUACCCCAAAACAGUUAGGUACAAGGGGCUAAGUGGUACCCCAUGGUAGCCCUGAUCUGGGUGACUAACAUAUCCAAAAUUCACCCAGAUCAGACCAGGGGUUCGGGAGUUAUGUGGAAGGGACAAUUUGACCGACCGCACACGAGGGGGUAGCCGAAAAGGGUUCCAUGCGUUUUGGCUCUGCAGUCGGUCUCCGUUCAGGAGGUAAAACACACAUAAAAACCUGACAUCCAUGAUUAACAUUGCAUUCGCAUGAAUCCCCUUGUUCAGUACUUUUUACCGAAAGGGGGGCUGAUUAGCCUUCCCGUUCAGGAGUUACGGAGCGCUGGAGGUCUCAGCGGUGUUCGUGUAAUUGAGUGUCCGAUUUGAGUUCCAGACACUCGACGACCAAAUACCGCUAACGUUUUUGUGCGUAAGAUGGCUGCUGCCACGUGUUCGUAUGCCGAAUGGCGGCCACCCAGAUACAUGCACAAAGUACCAAUUAACCUGCGGUUAGAGAAGUGUGAAGACUAAUAAGGUACACACUUCUCUCUGGGGUGGUCUAUUGGUUCGGUAGUUUUCAUUCGUAUGGAGUAGGGAUGGAAACUACCGAACAAUCAUACAAAUACUACAUACAGUUUUAACUAUACAGAAGAAUAAACACACGAAUUGCAGUUUUAACACAGUCUUUUAGGACAGCCUUAAUACCAUCCGCUACAAUCUUAUUUCUGUAUUUAAUUUUCUUCAUAUGUUUCUUUUUUGUGGCAGCUGAGCAUUGAGGACUUCACAGCAUUUGGGGGAGUUUAUGGAAACAAGCAGGACAGUGCUUUUCCAAACCUUGAGGUUAGUGUCUAUUUGUGGCUGUAUGUACAUCGCUUUUAGUGUUGCAUGUUCUGAAAACACUAAAUGUAGCUAAUGGUGGGGCUUUCACAAUUAAUGGGAAGGGUGGGGGUGACAUUGACAAGGAAAAGUGUCAGUUUCAGAUAGAGGUUAAUAGAUUAAGGGUAUCGUAUCCUUGAUAGGUGAGGGCUAGCGAUAUGGGAAGAGGAGCAAAUACACCACAUUCACACAAACACAUCGCUGCAUCUACUUACAGAACUCUACCCCCAGUAUUCAUCCACACUGACACUUCACACAAACACAUCGCUGCAUUCAUCCACACUGACACUUCACACAAACACAUCGCUGCAUUCAUCCACACUGACACUUCACACAAAUGCACUCUCACAGUGGAUUUCUAUUUAUGGAGCAUCCUGGGGGUUUAAAGGGGGUUCAUUGUGUAUUUUUACUACAGCACAAUCCAUGUUCAAUUGGUUUUGUAGAGCAUUAUGGAAUCCUCUCCAUCUUCCCUGGUUCUCCCAGCAGUGGAUUGGUAUGCGGCUAACAUCCUCUCCACCUAUCUGAAAGAGAAGAUUGGGGUCAGUCCUCUGCACGUUGAUCAGUCCACACUACUAGAGCUAAAAUUAAACGAAAGUAUUCCAUCUCUGCUUGUGGUCAGGUUGCCAUAUGCGAAUAGGUAAGGAUGCCGAGGGAAAUUAGGCCCAGGGUCAGGAAUUUUGCAUUUAAUAGACUGUUACAUUGUGAUCUUUUCAUGCUUCUCAUACACAGCGUUUAAAGAUACUCUGUAUCAAUAUAUCACAAUAUACAGAGCGCCGAUACACCGUAUAAAGAUAUUCCUCACUCUGUAUCAAUAUAUCACAAUAUACAGAGCGCCGAUACACCGUAUAAAGAUAUUCCUCACUCUGUAUCAAUAUAUCACAAUAUACAGAGCGCCGAUACACCGUAUAAAGAUAUUCCUCACUCUGUAUCAAUAUAUCACAAUAUACAGAGCGCCGAUACACCGUAUAAAGAUAUUCCUCACUCUGUAUCAAUAUAUCACAAUAUACAGAGCGCUGAUACCCUGCAUAUACAGGUUGUUCCUUGGUAUUGGAGAGGACCGAUUGCCCAGCCAGCGACAUAAUUUUUGUUUACCUUUUUUUUUUUUUUAAAUGUGAGAAUGAUUGUGCAAAUUUAAUGAACAUAUUGUCUUUUGUAGUGCUGGAAUAAUGACUACUAAAGAUGUCCUUGGUUUUUAUGAUAUAUUUUUGAUGUAUCUUCCAGUUUGGGAUUUUCAAAAUCCAUGGGUUUCUAGGGCAGCUGAACUGGUCAAUAGCCCAUAUUUUAAUGCUAUUCAUAGCCCGAAUGUUAAACCUCUGUUAUCGCUAAUUUAACUUUUUGCUUUUGUCAAAGAUGUAAAUGUGAACAUCAAAGCUUAGUAUCCCUAUUUUGGAUUUACUGUAGAUGUUUUACAUGUUUCUGGAUCUCUUCUUGCAGAUGAGGUGAUUGGUCAGGUCCUGAGCACGCUGAAAUCUGAGGGUGUUCCCUAUACGGCAAUACUGACUGCACUCCGACCAUCACGGGUAGGUCUGGUGUAAAUUAAAGGGACUUUAAGCACAAAAACAACUUAAAAGGUUACACCAACCAAAAUUUGUGUUUUCUUAAAAAUAUAAAAAACUGUUGCUGUAGUAACCCUUUCUAUGGUGGUUUGCUAAAAACAAAACUAUUCAUAUCAACUUGUUCUACAUUGUCCUAUUUAUUCUCCUUUAGAACUUUACUAAGGGAGGAGAAUUGGAGGACAUACAUUAGAUUCUGUGUAUCUGUAACUCUGAGGGAUUGGAGGAUGUGCAUUAGGUUCUGUGUAUCUGUAACUGUGGGGAUUGGAGGAUGUACAUUAGGUUCUGUGUAUCUGUAAUUCUGAGGGAUUGGAGGAUGUGCAUUAGGUUCUGUGUAUCUGUAACUGUGGGGAUUGGAGGAUGUACAUUAGGUUCUGUGUAUCUGUAACUGUGAGGAUUGGAGGAUGUGCAUUAGGUUCUGUGUAUCUGUGGGGAUUGGAGGAUGUACAUUAGGUUCUGUGUAUCUGUAAUUCUGAGGGAUUGGAGGAUGUGCAUUAGGUUCUGUGUAUCUGUAACUGUGGGGAUUGGAGGAUGUACAUUAGGUUCUGUGUAUCUGUGGGGAUUGGAGGAUGUGCAUUAGGUUCUGUGUAUCUGUAACUGUGGGGAUUGGAGGAUGUGCAUUAGGUUCUGUGUAUCUGUGGGGAUUGGAGGAUGUACAUUAGGUUCUGUGUAUCUGUAAUUAUCGGUUAUUGUCUGUCUUAUAUCCAGGUGAUCCAGGAAUCUGCAUUUGCUGUGGGUAAUUUGGGUCGACAGCUACUUGAGACAGCACAGCAAAACAAUAGCUACCCCCCCGUGUUCUUUAAUGGUUCAGAUAACACUCCGUGCAUCCUAUUCUGGGCCACCAAUAUUUCUGUUGUAGUGAAUGGUUCGAGGCUGGACUUGACAAACAGGACAUUUAUUACAAAGGAUGUAGAUGUGACUGAAUCCCACUGCAACACUAGCAGUGCCAAGUAAGUGAUCGGCGUUGAUCUGUUUAAAAUAAGGUAGUGAAGUAAGGGCUGUGUAUUACUCCCACCUUCAUGUCCACGCCUGUGACCGUAGCAUGUGAUUUAGUAAAUGUCAUGGAGUGGCCCCUUCGUCUUUAAUAUACAAUUUUUUUCCUUUUCAGGCUGGUGCUGAAUUACAAUAAUGCUGUUGGGAGUAACCCUUUGACAUUAUCGUAAGUGCUGGGGGUGGUAAAUUGUGGGCUUAUUGUAUGCAUUUUGGUGGGGGGGGGUUACUUUCUAUAUUCAAACAGGAAAUUGUUCAGCUGUUUAGUACAAGGUUUUUGCGUGGAAGUGGGUAAAUGGAUCUGAUACAGCACAAUGUUCUUUACUUUGUCAUGGGAGGGUGAGAGGUUAGCCAUAACACGCUGUUCAUUAGACGGGGGCUGGUAGCCAUUUCACGCUGUUCAUUAGACGGGGGUUGGUAGCUGUAGCGGAGGCCUGAUAUUCCACAGGUUAACUCCACUAAGAUCCCAGUGAGGCUCAGGAACAAGUGAUGAAGAAUCCCAUAAAGCAAUAAUUCCAGCAAGCAAGGUAAUCCAAGAAUAUCCCCAUACAGAUCACAAUGACUGGACGACACACAGCAUCAGGAGCAGAACUAACUUUUAUUCCACACAACAUCCUUUUAAGCAUUUCUCCCAUGCAAGGGAGGGAUUCACAUUCAUUAGUACAGUACCCAAUGGAAUCGCAGUUACCUCCCACACAUCUCCUCCCCUUAGUAUGACACUUAAUCCCAUUACCCAGGUUAUAGUUUUCCCCAAGUUCUGGAUGUACCCUAAGAUUAGCAGAUACACCAAUACUUUGGGUACUCCCUGGUAGCCCUGAUCUGGGUGACUAACAUAUCCAAAAUUCACCCAGAUCAGACCAGUGGUUCGGGAGUUAGGUGGGGGGUGUAAUUCGACCGACCGCACACGAGGUGGUAUUCGAAAAGGGUUCCAUGCGUUUCGGUCUCCGUUCGGGAGUUGAAAGACGCAUAAAAAACUGCCUUCCACUAAUACAUUUACGUUUGCAUGAUUCCCCUCAUUCAGUACUUUAAACUUACCGAACGGGGGGCUGAUUUGCCUUCCCGUUCGGGAGUUACGGAACUCUGGAGGUGUCGGCAGUGUUCGGGUAAUCGAGUGUCCGAUUUGAGUUCCAGACACUCGACGACCAAACACCGCUGAGCCUUUCGUGCGUAAGAUGGCCGCCGCUACGUGUUCGCAUGCCGAAUGGCGGCCACCCAGUUACCAACAUAAAACACCUAUUAGUCUGCGGUUAGCGAGCAAUUUGCAGCUUAACGAGGGACACACUUCACUCUGGGGUGGUCUAUUAGUUCGGUAGUUUCCAUUCGUAUGAAAUACAGAUGGAAACUACCGAACAAUCAUACGAAUUCUACUUACAAUUAACUAUACAGCAGAAACAACCCACGAAUUGCAGUUUUAACACAGUCUUUUAGGACAGCCCUAGUACCAUCCGCUAUAGUAGCCAUUACACGCUGUUCAUUAGACGGGGGUUGGUAGCCAUUACACGCUGUUCAUUAGAGGGGGGUUGGUAGCCAUUACACGCUGUUCAUUAGACGGGGGUUGGUAGCCAUUACACGCUGUUCAUUAGACUGGGGUUGGUAGCCGUUACACGCUUUUCCUUAGACUGGGGUUGGUAGCCGUUACACGCUGUUCAUUAGACGGGGGUUGGUAGCCGUUACACGCUGUUCAUUAGACGGGGGUUGGUAGCCGUUACACGCUGUUCAGUAGGCGGGGGUUGGUAGCCAUGACACGCUGUUCAUCAUAAUAAAAAUUAAGUCCAUAUUAGUCCAGUACAAAUACUGCAUACUCAGGAUAUUUAUACAAUAUAUUUUUACACAUUUUCAAAAAUUAAAAAAAGAUCCUCAGCCAUGUGUCCUAAUUUCUGAAAUCCACAAAAAAGGAAGCCACACUCUUACUUAUAGAACCUAGGUGCUCCUAAUUUCUGGAGACAUCAUUGUAAAACCUGAUUUCUCCGCCAAGCCUGGUCCUCCCGAUGCAUUCUGUCUAUCGCACAAUAUCUUGCUGUGCUACAAAGUGCUGAUGGGAUAUGUCCGGCAGUAAUGAGGACAGAGUAUUCUAUACAGAUAAUGCGUGUAGUCCUCAAACGACAGCUUCUCGAUGUCUCUCAAUUAUUCUUUAGUGAGUCAUCGCGGUUGAGAAGCGAUGUGUUGCAAGCACAGUGCAUUCCUAUGAGUGGCAUUCUAUGACCUCAUGGACGUUAAAUGUCACAUGAUCGAGUGAAACUCUGUCAUUACAUUAGAACCACCUCUACUGGAAGCUGGUCAAUGGAAACAUUGCUAUUCUACAAUACACCAUGUUUUACAUUGCAAGGUUCAAACUAUAUUCAUUGAGAUUGCAUGGUCUGAGUGUCUUUCGUGGUCUUAUAUAUGAAAGAAAUGUAUUGUCAAUGUAAAGACAUAAUACUCAAUACAGAAGGUCCAGCAAAAGGUACCUGCUGUAGACUUCAUUGGCAUGUGUAUGUAUAUCAAUGAUUAAUCCAGUGUGAGAUUUCACAUUUCAGUGCACCUUGAUUCUUGUCUUCUGCCAUAAUCUGUGUUUCUAUAUUUCUCUACAGCUUCCAGUUUUCCAGCCGCUUUUACUCUGUGUCUGGUCGCUGGUGGUUCACAUUGAACCAAGUGCAGAUAGAUUACAACAGCCAGAAUGCUACCUUCCUGGCUCCGCAAGUCACCGCGCCCAGCAAUUAUUCUUUCCACUGCCAGUAUGUCAAUGACAAUGCAUUGUACGGUGGUCUUCUUGUGAGCAACACCAGCAAAGCAUCCAGUUCCUCCAACUGGAAUCUGGAGAUGGUUGACUUCCAGGUAGUGUGUGUGUGUGUGUGUGUGUGUGUGUAUGUAUGUGUAAUAUAUAUAUAUAUAAUGUUUUGUAAAUGGGUAGAUGUUCCAAGUCGCAUAGUCUGGUAAUUGUUUUAUUUAUUUUUGAUGUGUAAAUUUUCCUUCCCAGAUCCAGGCUUUUAAUGUGACAGGCAUGAAAUUUUCUUAUGCAAGUGACUGUGCCAGCUUCUUCUCCCCUGGAAUCUGGAUGGGUCUCAUCACAACACUGCUGUUCGUCUUUAUUCUUACCUUUGGACUGCACAUGGUCAUGAAUUUGAAGACUAUGGAUCGGUUUGAUGACCCGAAGGGCCCAACAAUAUCUGUUCCCCAGACAGAGUGA